AUGAAGGAAAAUUGUGUCGUUUCGGAUGAGGGGUUCGGUGGAGGAAGAAAGAAAGAGAGAAAGGAGAAGAGGGUCGAAGUUAAAAAGCAAAAAAAUCAUGUCGUUUCGGAUGAAGGGAUUGGUGGGGGUGCAAAGAAGGGGGUGAUGGGAAGAAGGUUGAAGUUGAAAUUACCAGAAAUGGUAUCGUUUCGAAUGGGGGUGCUGGUGGAGGAAGACGGUUUUGAUGGAGAAAGAAAGAAGAUUGAAGAUGGAGACAAGAAAAAGCGCAAAGGCGAUGAAGUUAGGGAAGGGUGGACGAAGGAACAAGAUUUAGCUCUUUAG